AUCUCUGAGAGCUUUCUUUACCCAGGAGGAACCUACCAGCAUGCUCACUGCGAGUUAGAGAUUUAUUCCUGUGAAAGGUAGUCAGGUGCAUCGUUCAGGGUUCGGCUGACCGUCCUCGAUACCUAACUCAGCGCGUCCCCGUAAUCCGUAUUCUCAGUUCCGCACUUUGCUGCUGGACCUCGUCGUGUCGAAACCAAACUUAUUAAUCUCAGCCCCUAAGAUCGCAGCAAGUAUGGCGGAAGCAGCGGCAGCAUGGCAGCCGUCAGAGCAGGGAGCGAACGAGAUCUGCACGCUGCUGCACGAAUACCUUAAACCAGGCGUUGAUCAGGCGCGAAUCUUCCAGGAACUGCAGCGAUGCAGCCAAUUCCCAGAUUUCAACAACUACCUCGCGUUCCUCUUGUGCAAGGGAGAGAACCAACCAGUGGAAGUCCGUCAGAGCGCCGGGCUCCUCCUGAAGAACAACCUGCGAACGGGCUACGAGAACCUGAACCCGGCAUACCUGGGGUAUAUCAAGGCGCUUCUGCUGCCCUGCAUAGGCCUCCCGGACCACCAGCUACGCGGUACAGUAGGAACCGUUAUCUCUACUAUUGUGGAGCAGCAGGGCGGGCUGCACGCGUGGACGGACCUGUUGCAAGUGAUGCUGCAGUGCUUGGACUCGAACGACUUCAGCCACAUGGAAGGGGCUUUGGACGCUCUUUUUAAGAUGAGUGAGGACAUGCCGCUGCAGCUGGACCGGGACAUCCCAGGGCUGGCAGAGCGCCCCAUCACCGUCUUCCUGCCGCGCCUGCUGCAGCUCUUCGCCUCGCCGCACGCCACCCUGCGCAAGAUGGCGCUGGGGAGCGUCAACCAGUUCAUCCUGCACAUGCCGCGGGUGCUUCUUGUGAACAUGGAUAGCUACCUGCAGGGCCUGUUUGCUUUGGGGUCCGACCCCACCCCAGAAGUCCGCAAGCUGGUCUGCUCAGCUGUGGUUCAGCUGAUCGAGCUGCAACCAGACUUUCUCCAUCCUCACAUGCGCAAUGUGAUCGAGUACAUGCUGCAGUCCACGCGGGAUGCUGACCCCGAUGUGGCUCUGGAGGCGUGCGAGUUUUGGUCCGCCUACUGCGAGAACAACCAGUCGCCCGAGAUGCUGCGCGAGUUCCUGCCACAGCUCGUCACGGUGCUGCUGACGAACAUGGUGUAUGCGGACGAUGAUGAGGCGGUCAUAGAUGCGGAGGACGAGGGUGACGCUCCUGACUCUGAUCAGGAUCUGAAGCCGCGCUUCCAUCAGUCCAGGCUGCAUGGUGCCACUGGCGAGGACGCGGAGGAGGACUAUGAUGAGAGUGCAAGCACGUGGAAUCUGCGCAAGUGCAGCGCAGCAGGGCUGGACAUCCUCUCACACGUCUUUGGGGACGCUCUUCUGCCCAUCCUCAUGCCGCUCAUCCAGACGAACCUGGCCGAUCGCAGCGAGGCCAAGUGGAAGGAGCGGGAAGCAUCCGUUCUAGCAGUGGGCGCGGUGGGCGAGGGCUGCAUCGACGGGCUGCUGCCCGCGCUGCCCCAGAUGAUCGCGCACCUGCUGCCGCUGCUAGAAGACCCCCACCCCCUCGUGAGGAGCAUCACGUGCUGGACGCUCUCACGGUACUCCAAGUGGAUUGCGCGGGCCGUGGAUAAGCCCGAGGGGCAGCAGCAGUUUGACGCGGUGCUGACGGGGUUCCUGGCGCGGAUUCUGGAUAACAACAAGAGGGUGCAGGAGGCUGCUUGCUCCGCGUUCGCCACACUAGAAGAGGAGGCGGUGGACGAGCUGCCUGAUCGCCUGGAGCCCAUUCUGCAGCACCUCUCCUUCGCGUUUAGCAAGUACCAGCGGCGCAACCUGCGCAUUCUGUACGACGCAGUGGGCACUCUGGCAGACUGUGUGGGAGGGACGCUGCAAGAUCCGCGCUACAUUGCCGUUCUGAUGCCCCCUCUGACUGCCAAGUGGCAGCAGAUCGCGGACUUUGAUCGCGACAUCUUCCCCCUCCUCGAGUGCUUCACCUCAGUGGCUCAGGCCCUGGGGCCCGCCUUUGCUCCCUAUGCUGAAACUGUGCUGGCGCGCUGCUGCCACAUCAUCAGAGUGCAGCUCGUGGCAGAGAAGGACCCAGCAGCAGCAGGCGCGGCGUACGACAAGGAGUUCAUCGUGUGCGCUCUGGAUCUGAGCUCCGGAGUCACCGAGGCCCUCGGACCGUCGAUUGAACCACUAAUCGCCAAGAGCGACUUGAGGGACCUGCUCCUGCAGUGCUGUGCCGUGGACGCCAACGAUGUCAAGCAGAGCUCGCUGGCACUGCUGGGUGACUUAACCAAGUCGUGUGUGCAGCAGGUGCGGCCUCGUCUCAAUGACUUCCUCUCGGUGUGCGUGGCGCAGCUGAACGGGCCCGAGUCGUUUGUGCACGAGCGGAUCUCAGUGGCCAACAACGCGUGCUGGGCUCUUGGAGAACUUGCCGUCAAGGUGCGGGAGGAGAUCGCCCCAGCAGUGGUGCCAGUGCUCAACAACAUCGUGCCCGUCCUCACAUCGGCACAAAACCCAAGGGGCACCAAUCUAGCCUUGGUUGAAAACUGCGCCAUCACGCUCGGGCGCUUUGCAUGGGUGUGUCCCGACGUGCUGGCGCCUCAAGCGUCCCACUUCUUGGUUCCCUUCCUCAACACGCUCAAAGGCAUUCGUGAUGACGUGGAGAAGGAGGAGGCGUUCAAAGGGUUGUGUGCUGUGUUGCGCCUGAACCCCAUGGCUGCAUCCACCGCCAUCCACCCUCUGCUCCUCGCCAUCGGCAGCUGGAGGGAGAUCCACAGUGCGGAACUGAAGGCUGAGAUUCACCAGCUGCUGCAGGGCUUUAAGCAGAUGCUUGUGGAGGCAGGGACGUGGGAUCAAAUCCUGCAGUCCACAGAAAAGCUGCUGCUGCAGAAGCUCAGUGCGACGUAUGGCAUCUAGUCUCCCUCUCACUACUACAUCAAGAGCAUUAGUGGUGAGGCGUAUGUAUGGGGACUUAGCUGCAACAUUGCUUAGAUACACCACUUAGCGCGGGAUGUAGGGAUGUAGUUGCAGCACUGCGAGUGAGUGCCUUAGAUCGCAGCACAGGGCAUGUAGUGGGAUUUGAGGCAUGGGAGUUGUGUAGAUGUCAACAGUAUAGGGGAAACCACCCGACAGCAGGUCGUUCUGUGUCAGGAGAGGGGGUGAUGUGGCAGCUGAUGUGGCCCAUGAUGUGGCGGCUGAUGUGGCGGCUGAUGUGGCACCUUUCGUCGUCAGGCUGGAUCAGAUCGCAGCAGAGGAUAGCAGUGAAGUUGCGAAGGGGGUGUGUUAUAUAGGCAGGAAGGUCCUACGAAGUAGGAUAUGGAGCAAGUAGAGAAAGUGAGCAGUCUUCAUCCUUCCAUCAAGCAGGGAGGAAAGGAAAAUGGGAUUUGCAAGCUUGCCCGAAGGGGCUUCUCGACAGAAGCAGCAGCAGCAGCAGCAGCAGCAGCAGCAGCAGCAGCGGGACCAAGUGCAACAGCACUUAACAAGAUUUGAUCCUGAUUAGAUUUGAUGCGGCUCCCCCCAACCAUCUCUUCGCCGACCUUCACACACGCCACCGUCCACCCCACUCAACCGCUCCAAGCAUCAUUCCAUCCCAUCUUAUCCACCCAUACCCAUUCCCAUUAACCACCCAUACGGGGGCAUGCUGACAUCAUGCUGACAUCAUUUAGGAGCACUCUGACCAAUCAGAGUGCAGUAGGGGGAAGCAUGGUGGGCAGCGCAUUGCUGCUGCCAUGACAUCCACCGACCAAUCAUAUCACACCUCCAUCAUCGGCUACAGAGGAUGCCACACCAGAUGCUGUAUGUGCCACAUAAUCGCUACGGUGUAUGUCGUAUGGGACUCGGCUGGGUUGGGCUUCAAGCACUUGGGGGUGCAGGUGGUACACCAACCUUUUGAGAGCACCAUACCAUAAAUGGUGUGGUUUGUGUUCAGUGAUUGCAGAACCAAGUAAAUACUACAUCAAUACCGUAGUUGUAGGUUGGGGUGGUUGGGGUGCAUUGGUGCGGAGUGCAUACUGGGCGUCUACUAUUUCCGAACCAUCAUUUGUUGCAAUAGUGAUUGCUGCAUUUUAGUAGCAUGUUGUUGGUCGUGGUAGAUGCCUACCAAAUUUCCUUUCCUAGGUAAUUCGGCAAAUUGCUCUCGAACAGUAGUGGGAAGUGUAGCAGCUUAUGUCAAAGCAAGUGUCUUGAUACUCUCUGUU